AUGGGCCAGAGGGUCUCUCACCAGGAGAACAAGGCUGAAACUCUAGUCAUCUGUGAAGUCUUCAGCCAAGGCGUGGUCCAUGCAUCUCAAAGGCUGAAGGACUAUCUUGGUUUUGUGGAUCCUCAGAGCAAAUUCCAGCCAGCCACAAACAUGCUGAGCGAGAUCUUUUUGGUCAACUUCAUCAGCUUCUGCAUGGAAAAGGGAGUGGAGGAACGUAUCACAACCAGCAAAAUGACCAAGCAGCAGUCCUCCCUGUUCGGGGUGGACUGGAUCUGGACUCUGUCUGGAGCUGACAAGCAAAUCCAACUUCAGAUCGCUGUGCAGGCUUUCCAGCUGGCUGAGCUUUUCCGUAGCGAAGGCGGCCCCACUGAGGCGGUAGAGGACUGCCGCCGGGAAGCCGUGUCGGCAGACGAGCGCUUCCAAAACAGGAGCAGGUUUGAGAAGCUGGCGGAGUUCUGCCACCUGGUGGGAUGGGACUGCCUGGGCUUGUUCAUCAUGUUCGGUGUGCCAGGGAAGCCCAAGGACAUCCGAGGAGUCAUGCUAGACAACAUUGCCAAGGAGGAGUUGGAAAAGUGCCUCUGCACAAAAAAAAAGACCGAAGGAGGUGGCAAUGUGUACAUAAACUUUCUGUAA